GUGCGUGAUGACGUCUAACAGAGUGACAGCUGAGCGGAGGCACCGGGGACGUGUGAGUGACAGUCCUGCGCUGCUCUACCGGGAUCCGUGCACAAUGCCGGGGCCAGACCAGCACCGUGCCCGCCUCCUGCAGCCCUGAUACACUCACACACAGCCAGGACCUGUUCUACUCAGCGAAACCUACAUUGCCUGGGGGAGGUAUUUCAGUCAUUCCCCAGCGAUGGGGCAGCAAAUCUCCGGCCAGACAGUGAUGAACAAGCUCCCUGAGAAAGUGGUCAAGCACGUGACCCUUGUGCGUGAGAGUGGCUUCCUGACGUAUGAGGAGUUCCUAGGACGGGUCGCUGAGCUCAACGAUGUAACAGCUAAGCUGGCCGUGGGACAGGACAAACAUCUCCUGUUUGAAGUACAGCCAGGAUCUGACUCCUCGGCUCUGUGGAAAGUGGUUGUGCGCGUUUUGUGUACAAAGAUUAAUAAAACCAGCGGCAUUGUGGAGGUGUCAAGAAUCAUGAAUCUCUACCAGUUCAUCCAGCUUUACAAAGACAUCACCAGUCACGCGAGUGGCGUGUUUGCCCAGAGCUGCGCAGCUGCAGAGGAGAACGCAGAGAGCUUGCCGUCCAUGUCUUCCUGCCAGGCCAGCAUCUUAAUGGGGAGGGUCAAGCAGCUGACGGAUGAGGAAGAGUGCUGCAUCUGUAUGGACGGCCGUGCUGAUGUCAUCUUGCCUUGCGCUCACAGCUUCUGCCAGAAGUGCAUUGACAAAUGGAGUGAUCGCAUCCGAAACUGCCCCAUCUGCCGCCUACAGGUGACCGGGGUGAAUGACUCGUGGUUGGUGUCUGAUGCCCCCACACAAGAUGAUGUGGCCAGCUACAUUCUGAAUUUGGCUGACGAGGUGGGACAGCCUAACGACACUUUCUUCUGACCACUUGGGAACGGUCCCCGCCCGCGAUGGGCUGUGGCCCCCUAAAGAGCCCCUCGCUGUUUUUAUGUUGUGUGUUCAAGUGUUUUAUUUGCUUAAAAUGGUGUCGGUGGACUUUCAGCGUUAGGAUAGAGAGCAAUACACUGGUGACAAGCUAUUUUCAUGAUGACUAAUGAGAGAAUAAUCUAUUUUAUCUACCCACAGUUGUGCUUCUAAUUUAUUGUGUAUAAUCUGCACUUACUAAUGUAGGAAAAUGCUUUGUCUUCUUUUGCACUUGUGAAUACUGUAUAUAUUUUCAGCUUCUUAAGAUAUAAGGGGUUUAUACUAAUGGACUGUUAAUGAAUCUGUUUUAAUUUUAUGCUUUCAACAAAAGGUGAAACCAAUCCAUUCUUCAUUGUAUGUUUCAUGGCGUUUUGCAGUCCUGCUGCGGAAACGUUAGUCUAAGCAGACGUCGUUCACUAACUAUUUAUUCACUUUUUUUCUUUUUCUUUGUAAAGAUAAUUAAAUCCGAUUUAGACACCGUGGGCCAAUCCAGGCGCGGGAUGUAAUGAACUCCGAAAUCGGCGGCCGUGCAGGAAGCCGGCAGAACUCGUCUGUUUUUUUUUUAAAGGAGCAAUCGUGUAGAAGCAUGGUUUAGCCUUGGACACGAUUGCCCCUUUAAAAAAACUUCCGCGUUCAGGCAUUCCGCACAGCCGCCAAAUUCGGACUUCAUUACAUCCCGGGCCAAGUGUUGGGGCGCUACAAACACUGGCAGUUAAGUAGUAAAUGUUUUUCAGGUUUAUUGGAAAUGUAGGAAUUCUACUUUUGUGUGGAAACGAUUUUUAAUACAUUUGUGCUUUUAUUAAUAUGAAUGAGUACUGCUGUAUAAUUGUUGUAAUGUGGAGCCCAGCACAAUAUUUACUCCACCCAAAAAUGAUUGAAAUCGUAACCUUUAAUGUAAAUGUUUCCUUGUACAGAAUAGGUUGCAGCUGUGACCUUAUAUAAGCUGUGGAAAUAAUAUAAUACUGCAUCUGUCUCAAUGAGAAACGUAUAGCUCUGCGGGUUCUUCAGGGUAUGACGACUUCCGUAUGUGACUGCGCAUGAUAAAGAGACGUUGUUGGCUGAAACUCAUUAGGGGAAAGAUGUACUAAGCUGUGGAGAGAGAUAUAGGGGUAUAUGCAAUUAGCGGCAAAUUAUCGGCCGUUUUUCAAUUCGACACAAUUCGACAGGCUAAUUUCGGCAAGUGGGUGCCGAAAUUGACCAUAUGCAAUAAAAAACGGAUUCGACAGUCCCGCUGCCGAAAAACGGCCGAUUUGACGGAUUUGUUCCGUUUUUUUGAAGCCCUUGGAUGGGGGGGGGGGCAGCCUCGGGCUUCACCCCUGGACCUUGGGUGGCUGGGGGGGGGACCCCUUGAUUGAAGGGGUCCCCACUCCCAAAGGGUACCCCGGCCAGGGGUGACUAGUUGGAUAUUUAAUGCUACGGCCGCAGGGCAUUGUAUAAAAGUGACCCCUGGCUGUGGCAUUAUUUGUCCAGCUAGUGGAGCCCGAUGCUGGUGUAAAAAAUACGGGGGACCCCUACUCUUUUUGUCCCCCGUUUUUUUUUGCACCAGGCGUAGAGCCCGGUGCUGGUUUUAAAAAUACGGGGGAUCCCCUGUCCAUUUUUCCCCCGGAUUUUUAGAACCAGGACCGGCUCGAAGAGCCCGAGGCUGGUUAUGCUUUGGAGGGGGGACCCCACGCCAUUUUUUUCCGGGAUUUUACCAUUCCAUCUAAAAAAAUAUAUAUAUAUUUUUAAAAAUAUAUAAAUAAUACUUGUGCCUCCCAAAAAGACAAACCAAGUACCUACUCCCUUCUAAUAUAAAUAGAUAUGCUAUUACCAAUAAAAAAAAACACCAAAAAAAACAUGUUUUAAAUUUUUUUUAUUAGUUUCACCCACCAAAGUGUGACGGAUUGAAAAUGACGAAUUUACUGUCUAAAAGCACUGUUGUCAAAUUUCCAAACUUCAAUUGAAUAUACUUUUGUCGAAUUGCCGCAUUUGUACCAUUGCAGAAAAGUCGAAUUUGACAAAAGUCGAAUUUGGAAAGUCCGUUUUUUUGACGGAAAGUACUGUAUUGCAUUGUCGAUUUUUUUUUUUUUGGCGAAAAAGUCCAGUUUUUCGACAAUUUCGGGAAUUCGACCGCAAUUGCAUAUACCCCAAAGUAUCAGCCAAUCCGCUCCUAUGUUACAGACUGAGUUUGAAAAAUGCUGAUCGGCUGGUACUUUAUCUCCAUGGCUUAGUACAUAUGCCCCUGUCACCUUUUCCUUACCUGAUGUAACAGAGAGAGUCUGUAUCCCGUUACCCUAUAUAAUAAGCUGGAUUUCAGAAGAAAACAUUGAUGUCCGUGUAAGUAAUUGGCCCAAAAUGCGGCCCACAGUGUUGGCAGAUGGGUUACCCAGAGGUACCUUAGGGCAGGCAUGUCCAAACUGCGGCCCUCCAGCUGUUGUGAAACUACACAUCCCAGCAUGCCCGUACACAGUUUUGCUGUAAGAGAAUGCUAAUGCUGUGUCAGGGCAUGCGGGGAUGUGUAGUUUCUCAACAGCUGGAGGGCCGCAGUUUGGACAUGCCUGCCUUAGGGUGUACACCUCCACAAGCGAUAAUAAAUAAAUGUAUGAAUUGCACAAAUAUAUAUAUAUAUAUAUAUAUACACUAAGAUGUUCCGAGGAGCCCUGCACAGACGAGGCAGCCACCCAGUGAGCUUAUCUAACGUCCUAUGACACUACACAUCAUGCCGCUAUGCUGUCACUGCUUCCUGGUGAGCUCAUUGGCUGCCUCUGCCGUGUGCAGGUACCAAAUAAUUUCAGCAGUAAAAUGUAGCCUAACUCUUUUCUUUUGUGUAACAUGUUACAUGUUGGUUAUAGUCUUAGUAAUGUUUGUUUUGUCCCCCCAUCUGUGCGUCCUGUGCAGCGUUGCCUUGGCUAUAGGCUAAUAGAAAUGUAUUUAUUUGCAUGAAGCCUUUGAAAGAGGAACGUUGAGCAGCCCUCGCUGCAUUACUUUUGUUGAUUAGGCAGAAACUAUCAUUGGGGAUAUUCUGUAACAGUGGAGGAACCUGAAAUGUUCUUUGUUGGAGUGAUGACUGGUCUAUUAAAGGGUCUCUCCUCUUUCUAAUGGGAAGGGGGAGGCGAUGGCAGUACAGGUGGCUUGAAGGACAAUCCAUUCCCAUGUACAAUCCACUCCUCUUAUAGAAUAUCCCAAUGUGCUUCGUUUUUGUUUUUUUUAUGUUUAAAAAUAAAAACAAACGUUGAAACAA